AAUAUGACCAGAAAGUAUGCAAAUCUAACAAGUGUGCUCAGCUAGAUGUGGUAAAUCUAGCUAGUUGACAUAGCGGUAAUUGACAAAACUGAUUCUUUUGAGAAAAAAAAUAAUGUUUGAUGAACUUGGAAUUGGUCAGAUUCUGUGCAUGUCAAGCUGGAUAACGACAGUAGCUGCUGCCGUGUCAAUUUUAACAGGACACUUUUUAUCCACAUCAUCUGGUAAACUAGAUCCAUAUUUUAACCAGAAACUUUACCAAGUAUCUAGCAAGGAGUAUCUACAGUCUGAAGUACUAUGUAUCCCUAUCCUACUCCUGGUAAAUAUUCUUCCCCUGGUUCUACUCCACCAGGUUCUCUAUGCUGUGUACAUUCUCUGCUCUAAAUCUCAGAGAUAUGGUGGAAAUAGUGAGUCUAAUUUUACAGAGCAUUAUCCAUCAUAA